AGUUCCGGUUAGUGCGGAUAAUUGGCUCUCUAGUGCAAUGUCUUAUAAUCUUUCUGCUUUCUCUUACAGCAAACAAGAUGGUGGACCGCUUAGCAAACAGUGAGGCAAAUGCUCGACGCAUAGGCAUGGUUGAGAGCUGUUUUGGAGCAGCAGGCCAGCCCCUAACUGUUACUGGUCGGGUACUCAUAGGUGAAGGAGUUCUUACAAAGCUUUGUCGAAAGAAGGCAAAAGCUAGGCAGUUUUUCUUGUUCAAUGACAUCCUCGUUUAUGGUAAUAUUGUUAUCCAAAAGAAAAAGUACAACAAGCAGCACAUAAUUCCACUGGAGAACGUUACAAUCGAUACAAUUGAAGAUGAUGGUGAGCUGCGUAAUGGGUGGCUUAUUAAGACCCCGACUAAAUCCUUUGCAGUUUAUGCUGCUACUGCCACUGAGAAAUCUGAGUGGAUGAAUCACAUUACUAAAUGUGUUGCUGAUUUGCUGUCAAAAAGUGGAAAAAUACCCAGCAAUGAGCAUGCUGCAGUAUGGGUGCCUGACUCAGAGGCCACUAUAUGCAUGCGGUGUCAGAAAGUCAAAUUCACACCAGUCAGCCGUCGACAUCACUGCCGCAAAUGUGGGUUUGUUGUGUGUGGUCCUUGUUCAGAAAAGCGGUUCCUUCUUCCCAGUCAGUCCUCCAAGCCUGUUCGUGUGUGCUCCUUCUGCUACGAUCUGCUCUCCAGUGGCCAGCUGAAUGCAACUCUGUCAAACCGCUCUGAGUUUUACCAUGGAGCGCUCCAGUCCCCUGGAAAUUUAUCUGAUGAGGAUGAAGAUGAUAGUAGCAGUGAUUAAAAAAAAAAUCAAAGGAAACAGUUUGGAAAAGGACUUCAACUGGACUGCUUUUGAGGAGCUGUACCUUCACAGAACCUGUUCUUGUGACUAUUAGCCAUAAACUUUACCUUGCAAACCUUAAUACAAAAUGUGUGCCUAAAUAUUGGAUAUACUAGCAGUAUCUGCUUUUUUUCUGCAGAGACAUAGACUGCAUAUAUUAUUAUUCUUGGGCUGGCUGUAACUAUGAUCAUUUCCAGUUACUUGAUUUUCUUACAAGCAAAACAUAGACAAAUAAAUCUUAUUGCCUUUAGUUUGUAUCAUUGUUUGUGUAGUUUCCCAAAACUCAAAUCAUAAAGACAUUUUCUAAAAUUGCUAUUUAACAAAAACUCAAAUCUUUUCUAGUAUGAAAACUCUCAGUGAAUUAUAAGCAAUUUGUGGAUUUAAAGGGGGAGAAGAAUGUCUAAUUGGAUAUUGAUAGCCAAACUUUUAGAUAUCCAACACUGUGAAAGUUAGCCAAUUGGCUAGUUUAAAUAAUUUUGGAGCUCUAACUAGUAUUAUUCUGCAGUAUCAAAAAUCUCCAACAUCGCCCCCCCGCCCCGGUGACAUACGUUAGGUUUAAGGGUCCCCCUUUGCAAUAGAUUGUUUUCCCAGUCUCCCUGACUGUCUCCCCAGUCUGCUAUCCAGUUCCUGUACCCACCACUGUAUAAAUCUUCAAAACAGUAUCAUAAUUUUAGGAACCUUUAUAUGGUUUGCUGAGCAGUGGGACAUUUCCUUGAAUUCUCAACCCCAGCUGUCAGUGAACAGCAGCCAAUCAUGUUUCCCAUAUAGCAGAAUUAAAAUAGAGGCACAAUCUAUAACUCAUUGACAUUCAUCUACUAUUGACUGAAUCUGGUGCACAAUUGGCAGAUUCCUAGGAAGUGGUUGUUGGGUUAACCUUGAUUGUGGAUAAAUGGUUUAUGGUUCACUGGGAUCUAAAUUGGGAAGAAACUUGAAUUAUUAAUAAUAUUAGACAUUACGAUUAAUAUUGUUUUGGAAUCUGAAGCUAUUCUAUAAACCUAAUGUGACCUACUAAAGAUUAACAUUUUCCACUACAGUAAGCAAUUUGAACUUAAGUGAAAUUUUAUCUUAAAUUCUGUUAAGGUUAAAACGUUUAGCCUAAGCUAUCAUUUAAAGGUGACUUUCUCCACUGUUUUUAAACAGAAAACAACCUAAUAUUGAAUCCCAUUUAUGAAUCUGGAUUCAUGAGUGCAAAUCAAUGGUGUAAUACUUUUGAUCAAUCCACAUUUAUGAAUUCUCUAACUUACUAUUACUUUGCUCAAAUUGAUAUCUUCACAUCUUAUUUUCAGAAGGUAUUUAAAAAGUCAAUGUAUUAUUUUGUGAUGCAUCUUAAAAUACGCGGUACUCAUUGAUUUUCCCACAUUCUAAAUUAUUCAAGAUCACCGAUUAAGUACUUGGUCAGCUUCGAUCAGUUUUCAUUUAUAACCAUCAAACUGAACUGCAAACUGUUUUACCUCAAUGGUCAUUUGAGAGUCAAUAGUAAACUAGUGUCUGCUUUGUGACCUGACAUAACUACAUCAACCAUUCAACCAAAUGGGAAAUCAGGAUAAAGGAAUGAGAGGUAGUGAUGAUGCAGAGUACAUCUGCACUAAUAAAGUGAGUAGUCUUUCCUAGCAUAAGACAUCCAGUGCGUAUCCAUUACGAGUCCGCAGUAUAAUCUGGGAUAAAAGUGACCUUGGCCAGUUCUGCACCUGCAUUUUUUCAUUUAUAGGAAAAAAUCUAGGCCAUUUAAGACAGAGUGCUAUUUUCUGUGGCAAAUGCAAAUGGAUUUUAAAUGGGUUCAUUAUACCAAUAGCAUUUGAAACUCAGGUUAUAAAUACCUAUUUUUAAAACUUGUAGCACAAAUGUGUUUUUUUUAAAAAAACAUGCUGUUAUUAAAAUGCAUAUCCAUAUUAAGUAAUGGUAUGCUGGUUUUGAGUGACUUGUGGAUUCUUAAAACACUGUAUAAAGGCAAUGAUGAACUACAAGGUGAGCACAAAUUUAAACUUAAAAUUCAGGUCUUAAUCAAUUUAUUCUUGGCUAAGCAGUAACUCGACAACACAAAUACAGUAAACUUCGGAUAACUCAUCACCCCAAGGGAAAAGGGCUUUGCGACAAGUUGUCUGAAAUGGCGAGUUAGGCAUAGGUCCUUCCGGGCCAGAGUGGGAGCUGUCACAGGUGUGGGCAUUCGGCGGAGGUUGGGCGCAUUACUCAGAUGCAUUGCAGAUGCCUCUGGUCUAUUGGAGGGCCAUGCAGUAGCUUCCUGCCCUAUCCUGUUACAGGACAGGAUGGGAGUUGGAGUGGGAAGCCGUUGUGUGGUUCUCGAAUAGACCAGAGGCUUCUGUGAUGCACCUGAGCAUGCAUCUCCAACCUACAUCGAGAAUAGGACGGGAGAGAUGUGCGACGCAAGAAGGCUUCUUAUACAGCAAAUUAUCUGAUCAAUUUUACAUUGUAGGAACAAUAAUUUCUAUAAUUCGAUGAGUUACACGUUAAGCAGAGUGACAAAUAAGUCGGAGUCCCUUAUUUUGUAUGGGAAGUAGAUGGGAUAUUAACAACAUGUUGACUUAAGGGGUAGUGACAAGUUAAGCCAGGGUUGAAUUAUCAGGAGUUUACUGUAUUGAAUACAUUGGUGCAUAUUAAUGCAAAUGCUCAUUUAAUUGUUUUAGCUGUAACUGGAAAUGAGAAUUUCCUUACAUAGGCUCGUAUGCCAUGUAGUGCCUUGACAUGGCAGCACUGAUGCAAGGAAAAUAAAUCCUUUGUACACUGGUGGCAUUUUACAGGGAGUUUUCUUUCAAACCAGAUAUUGCCUAAAUUGUUCUAAAGCAGGUAGUUGUGCACAAAGCUCUUCUUGUUUCACUUUUGCUUUGUGACCAAGUAUUAAUAAUACUGUAUAGUCUUGCAUUUAAAAUGCCUCUAAUUUUAAAGGUAAGAAAGCUAGUAUUCAGAAUAGUGCAAACCCCGGCAACAAUACAGCCAUAAAUGUGAUUAUACCAUGUUAGAUGAUUGCAUUUAAGAAAUGUUUAUUUAGUUUAUAUUUACAUUACAUAAAAUGUGGUCCUUUAAGAUUAUUGGCCUAAGGACUAAUGUGAAACUUUGGGAGCAGCAUUUAAUAAAGGUAGCAAUCCUUAAAUUUCUGAUCCAAUGCUAGUAAGCAGCUUGGUUCGAAACUAGCUGAUUUUAGCUACUGGAGUUAGAUGAUCAGUGACCUUGAAUGCACAGUGCAAAUUUCAGUUUGCAUUGCAGUAAUCAUAUCAAAGGUGAAUCAUCACAUCUUAUCUAACCCAUCAUCGGCCACAAAUGAGAUCCAGCUGAGCUGGUGGUUCACAUUCUUAGCCCCAUGAUAACCCACUGUUUGUGUUUGUGGUGUGGCUCAGGUUGAUGGACAGCAUCACAAGUUGCUAUACUAUCUUGUAUUUCAAACUGUUAAAGAUGUAAAGGGAUAAAAGAAUAAAAACCAGAUGUUGCAUUUGACAUACUUAAGAACAUGGUAGAGAGCGAUCCCAAACAAUUCAGACCAAAAUGAAAGAUUAUUUGCUCCCCUGUACCUUUUGUUUUACAUUGAAUGGUUUUAAUCUUUUGCAUUCUGUCAUUACGUUGUUGUGUUUUUUGCCUAUUUGGCAAGAUACACAACAGCGCAGUGCCUUUUGCUUAAAAUGGUUAAUCAUUAAGAUACUAGUAUUGUUCUAAAAGGUUUGGUGAAUUAUCAGUUUUUUUCCCCUUCCUCCCACAAUGCUAUCGGUGAUGAUUUAGUGAAGUUACACUCGAUCAGACUUAGUAAUUGUAAUUCAUUGUGGAAAAUGCAUUGACGCAGUUUCAGAAACUACAACAUCUAUGAAUAAUUAAUCACACAAUGUGUUCACUAAACAAUUAUUGGUAAUAGUUGAUUUUGCCCCUGGACAAUUCUACAAGCUACAGUAAAUUACUAUUCUUGAACAUAUGUUACCUUCCAAAUCAUGCUAAUGAGCCUGUGCUUAGAUUGCACCAGUGAUAAGCUAAACCUCACGACAAAGUGAAGGUCACUAGACACUCACGAGCACACAAACAUCAUAAUGGGAAAAAGAUCACAUAGGAGCAUUAAUAUUAAGGGCUUUUAUUAAGCACAAUAUGCUGAUCAUUAUGUAUGAUUUUCUUCAUCCUUACAACAUGCACGGGAUGUUUUUAUGCUAAGCCUCACCUUUAGUCUCACUAUGUCAAACUAAUUAAGGUCACUGGGGACAGCUGACAUAAAUACUGUACCUAGGUGUCUUGAAUUCUGAGAUUGAAUAACUUAUUUAUAAAUAAUUUGUAGUUGUUAAUCUGGUGAAUUCAAUGGUGGUUGCCUAUUUCUGAAGCUUUCUGAAUAAAAUCUAACUUCCAGUUAUCUGGUCUUAAAUUCAUAUUUCUGGGGAGGGAUGGGAGAUGAAAUGUACAAGUUGACUUUAGUGGAAUCUUCUGCAUGUCACAUUUUGUUGGUGGCCUAUUUUUGAAAAAAAUGUUCUAGACUGUUGUAUCUUUAUUUUCAACAGUAGAGAAAUAACUGCUAAAUAAUGCAGUUCCUUUGCAGGAGUAAAAUUGAGCUGAUCCAAAACAAGGUAGGAAAAUAUUGUUUUCUUAAUCUGUCUUUCUCAGGAAAAAAAAUCAAUGUACAAAGGUUUCACAUUAAUAUAACAUUUCUAAAAUGGUCUGAUUACUAAACUGUCGUGGUUUACAUCAACCUGGUGUACAGUCCUAAAAAGGAAUGAUUUUCUUUGCUUUGCAGUUCUUAUUUGUCAAGCUGUACCUUUUUAUAUACUGUACUUUUUAAAAAUAAAUUGGCACUUUACCUCUAUUUGCUAGCAGCGAUUUGCCUCGUCAGCAAGAAUCCUGCAACAAAUUAUAAAUGUGAUGUCUAAACCUCUUGUCUGUUCUUCACUGCAAUUUUUCCUUGUAUUCUGAAACUGAGACUUGCACUACACUGCACUGAGUUGAAAGCUGCAGGUGAAGUCGUCUGAACUUUUCAACAAGAAAUGAAAAGAUUUGUUGUCUACAGUUGUGUUCAUAGAAGCUGAAAUAACAGCAGUUACUUUGAAUUGUAUAUGUUGGUGUAGAAAUCUUUCAGUUAUUCACCUUCCAAGUAUCAGAUGUAGAUACAUUUUUGUUGAUAUAUUGCUAUUGUGGUAAUGGUGUAAUUUCUUCAAUCUUUGAAAAGGGCUCAGUACUUUGAUUGUAACCUAUAUGUAUUUUGUUACGCAAAUAAAUAUAUUGCAUUGCUUAUCCUAAAAUACCUUUAGUGGGCGUGUAACACUAAUAAGUUAGGAAUAAGGCAGAAAUGUGUAAUAAACUACAUUUUACACUGCAGUAUUUUUUAGUUUGGGCUUGGUCAAGGUAAUAUGGCUGUCUAAUUUAGCCACUCUGUAAUCUUUAAAUUUUUAGUAUACAUCUCACCUGAGAAAUCAAUAUUUCGACCAGUGCUACUGUUUGUAAACCUGGGACUUUUUAAAAUUAUUUCCUUAAAUUGCGAUUGACCAUUCACUAGUCAUAAUGCAAGUGGGUAUCAUUAUGGAAAACAUUGGCAUAGAAUCUGCCAGUUUAUUUUGUAUGGUUUGGUGGGACAAUAGAUUUUUUUUGUAAAGUUUCUUUAUUAUGACUAUUCGUCUUCACAAAAAAUCUAGCCCACAUGGUUAAGUGAAAAAUUUAACCAUUUAUUUUGAUUUUGAAAUUACAGAAUUCUGUAAAUUAAAUGUAACUAAUAAACUGAUCAUUGUACUGUU